UCUGCGCGCUCGUAGCUCGUAGCACCGUAGCACCGCUCGUAGUUUGGCGGAGUUCGUAGUGGAGAAACUGUGUAUUGUGGAUCGGUGGAAGUGAAGUGUGUUUUUUUAUUGGCGUGUUCGCGAGGAUGUAGAGCGAUGUGCGCGCCGGCCGCAGCGGCGCUAAUGCUCGCCGCUCUCGCUGCUCUGCCUUGUCGAGGUACCGAUGCCGACACCGCUCCAAGAGUCCCAAAAGAGCAAGAAACAGGCUUCCAACCUACGAUUAACGUUAUAUACCAAAUGUUACAUACAACGGUACAUAACCAGACAAAAGGUCUUAAUUACACGAACUUUGAAAAUGUUGAAGAGUGUUGUAAUAAUACUGUAGAAUAUAAAGAUAAAGGUGCUAAUGUAGUCAAUGAUAACGAUAUGAGGAAUAGAAGGAGGAGGCUAGUUAAUGUGGGUAGGACAGUUUAUGGGGUGCCAAGUGAAGUGAGGGGUGAUGAGGUGACGUCAACGACGAUGGCGACGAGCCCUCCUCCGGUGAUGGAGAGGAGACGAAAGCCUGGAGAGACGGGAUCCAGUGCACCACUGCUCAACUAUAUCUUUGACACGUAUUCCAACACACACCAACACAGGAAUGGCAAAGUCAGUCCUGGAAACAGCAUUUAUGCAGCAGCAGCACCAGAAAUUGAGGCGCUGGUCGGCUCCACAGCACAUCUGGAUUGCAAAGUGGACGCGCUCCACGAUAAACUGGUGUCAUGGGUCCGAAGAAAAAGCGACGAACAGCCAAUGGAGUUGCUGACAACUGGAACUCAACAGUAUACUGCUGAUGACAGGUAUUCAGCAAGAUUCAUCCCGCCAGACAUCUGGCGGUUAGAAGUGAAAGAAGUAAGGCCGUCCGACGCUGCUCAUUACGACUGCCAACUGUCAGCGCACCCGCCUCGGACAGCCCGGGUGACUCUACACGUGCCUGAGGUGUCAGUACGAAUAGUGGACGGUGCGGGAGCAGAGGUGUCGGAGCAAGUCUGCGAGCUGGGGAGUACCGUCGCCCUCCGCUGCGAAGUGAGAGGCUUGAAGAUGGAGGGAGGACCCUCGCUUCUGUGGUUCAGGAGGGAAGCACUCCUGAACGAUGACACUACCAGGGGAGGAAUCAGCGUGCGAACAGAAUUCGGCGCGAACGGCGCGAAUUCGGUUCUGCGGGUAGCGCGUGUUCGCAAUGACGACGCGGGCCGUUACACGUGUAGUGUGGCGCGUGCGCCGCCUCCCGCCCCUCCCCCCGCUCAUGUUAUAUUACACGUUAUCAAAGGAGAGAGCCUUGCCGAGCUGCACCAAGGGGGCAACUCGUGUUCCGCAGCGACCAAUCUCUGGCUGCUUGUUAUAGUCGCCAUUUUACACCGUCACAUUUACAUUUAUUAA